AGAGAUAAAGAAAUCAAAGGAGAGUACCACCAACAUUGCUCAGCACAGGGACUAUCUGAUUCACCACAGUGUCUUUAGAAGAUAACAAGAGGCAGAAUGACUCUCGCAGCCUACAGAGACAAGAUACGGGAGCUCCCUCUAGUGUCCAUCUUCUGUUCCUGCAUCCUACCUGAAGCCAAAGAGAAGCCCACCAAGAAAGAUGUGGUGGACCUGAAUCUGUGCAUCAUCAGGGACAUGGAGGUGAUUGAGCUGAACAAGAGGAGGUCCGGCCAGGCCUUUGAGGUCAUCCUGAAGCCCCCCUCGUUUGACGGGGGUCCGAACCCUCUUGCCACCACACCUCCACGCAGGGAGCCCUCCCUGGAAGAGAUCCAGAGAAAGCUGGACGCCGCUGAGGAGAGGAGAAAGUGCCAGGAGGCUGAGUUGCUGAAGCACCUGGCUGAGAAGCGGGAACACGAGCGUGAGGUGGCCCAGAAGGCCCUGGAGGAACACAACAACUUCAUUCGGCUGGCCAAGGAACGCAUGGAGCUGCGCAUGGAGCACAACAAGGAGAAACGGGAGGCACACCUGGCCGCCAUGCUGGAACGCCUGCAGGAGAAGGACAAGCACGCUGUGGAGGUUUCAUGACGGCCUGAUCACAACACGAGCUGAACUUAUUUUGGAAGCCAUUUUGAAGGGCGUUCGCCAGCCUGUUCAGACUGUAGCCCUCUGGGUUCAGUCGUUUGGAGAAAUGACUGAGACUAUGAGAUUCUAAUGAUGACACAUGAGAGAGGUGCUUAAGUCAACGACUGAAGCGGAUUGGUCAGUGUGCCCUGUUUUAGGAACUGAUCAGUACAACAAAAAAGAUAUUAAAAGAUCGAGCUGAAACCUAUGACAAAGGAUGAUGUCAUUGCUACCUUCUUCAGUGUUCUGCUCAGGAUUCUCUCUGUGCUUUGCUGACGUGCCAACAGUGCCAACGGUGGGUCUGAGUGUGAGUGUGAGCGUUUCUGUUAAGGAUGAGCGUGAGCAUGAGUGUGUAUAGUUCAGUAAAAACACUUUGAUAUCACACAUUUUGCUUUGAGCUCACACCUGCAGGCAAGGUUUUAACUUAAAUGUCCUUAUGAGUUUGGUUUGUAAACUUGAGUCUGUUGGAGCCAAAAUCAUUGUAAAUCUACUGAAGCGAAUGGAGGUCAGGGAAUGAUGUGGCUGCUUGUUGAUGUACAGAAAUGAUGCUCUAUUUUAGAUGCCAAAAGAGAAUUAAAGGAGUUCUGUUUUG